AUGACUCUGGCUAAUGAUUUCGGAUACUCAACGGCUAUGUCUUCAUCUUUUUCAGCUCUUCAUCACACUUCUGUGGAAGACAGAUACCGCAAGCUGCCUAACUCUUUCUGGGACUCAUCAGGUCAGGAGCUGAUGAAUAUGAACAACCCCGUGCCUUGUCAGGUGGGCAAUUCUGGUGGCUAUUUGUUUGCCUCUCCAUCUGGAUUCUGCAAUGUUUCAGCUGUUUCAAAUCAUGGAAGGAAUUCUCAAACUCAGCCACCGGUUGCUACCAUGCCAAGCGAGAGAUUAGCUAUGCAGGAUUUCCCUUUGGAAGCACAGUCAUCGUCGUUGAUUAAUCAUAACCAUCAUCAAGAGUUCGUAGAUCCACUUGAGGACUUCUUUGAUUUCUCUGACCAAGUUCCUGUUACGGAUCCACAAGCUGAGUGUAGCGGAGUAAUCGUGGUCUCAUCCGUGGAACCUCAUAGUAAAAGCGAGUGGCAAAACUGGGCAGAUCAGCUGAUUUCUGCUGAUGAUGGUUUGGAGCCGAAUUGGUCUGAACUUCUCGGAGAUUCAAGCUCACACAAUCUCAAUUCACAGAUUCCAACACCAUUUCCUGAAGUACCAAGGCAAGAGAUAAACGCUAACCAGCAGCAGCAACAGAUGGUUUUGUCAGAGGAGCAGAUUAACGGAAGAAACUCAUCAUCUUGUGCAGCAGCGACAUCUAAACAACGCAUGCGUUGGACACCAGAACUUCAUGAGGCAUUCGUUGAAGCUGUUAACCAGCUUGGUGGUAGUGAACGAGCCACGCCUAAGGCUGUUUUGAAGCUCUUGAAUAACCCUGGCUUGACUAUUUAUCAUGUCAAAAGCCAUUUGCAGAAAUACAGAACGGCAAGGUAUAAACCAGAGACUUCAGAAGCUACAGGAGAACCUCAAGAGAAGAAGAUGACAUCUAUCGAAGAUAUGAAAUCUUUUGACAUGAAAACGAGCGUUGAGAUCACCCAAGCUCUAAGGUUACAGAUGGAAGUUCAGAAACGUCUCCAUGAGCAGCUCGAGAUCCAACGAACGCUGCAGUUACAGAUUGAAAAACAGGGCCGACAGCUACAGAUGAUGUUCGAGAAGCAACAGAAGUUGCAAGAGGACAAGAGCUCUCCCUCAGAGCCAUCACCAAAGCAAUGCAACACCACUGAUGUAGAGCCAUCACCUGGUUCUGAGACACAAAGAGGUGACCAAACGGAAUCUGCUUCAGCAUCAAGGAAACGGGGCAGAGAAGAUUAA